AUGGCAUCUCUUCGAGCUUUGUUGUGGACUAUAAGUGUGGCUUCGGUGGCUGUUGCGAGUUCCGACGACAAUCUCAAGUCCUGUUUGCAGUAUGCAUUGACCGAUAGUGGACGAGUUGCGUUUUCUGGUGAUUUUCUUUAUCAGUCUACGGCUGUCAAUGCGUAUAAUCUGAAUAUCCCAAUCACACCCGCGGCCGUUACUUUCCCAACCUCUUCCCAGCAGGUUUCAGCAAUUGUCAAAUGUGCCGCCGACGAUGGAUACCAUGUACAGCCUAAGAGUGGUGGACAUAGCUAUGGGAAUUAUGGACUUGGCGGAGUUGACGGUGCCGUCGUCGUUGAUCUGAAGAACCUAAAUCAAUUCUCCAUGGACAGCACAGACUGGGAAGCGACAAUUGGCAGUGGCACACUCCUAGGCGAUGUCACGCAGCGUCUCCAUGAUGCCGGUGGAAGAGCAAUGUCGCAUGGAACAUGUCCACAAGUUGGCUCAGGUGGCCACUUCACAAUUGGAGGACUUGGUCCAACCUCACGGCAGUUCGGAGCUGCAUUGGACCAUAUCUUGGAAGUGGAAGUUGUCCUAGCAAAUUCCAGCAUUGUGCGAGCAUCUGAUACCCAGAACCAGGAUAUUUUCUGGGCAAUCAAAGGCGCAGCAUCCGGCUUCGGUAUUGUGACCGAGUACAAGGUUCGCACGGAACCUGAGCCAGGAACUGCAGUGAAAUACGAAUAUAGUUUGAAAGUCGGCACGACCGAGGAGCGGGCUACUCUUUUCAAACAAUGGCAAGCCUAUGUCUCUGAUCCCGAUCUCACAUGGAAGAUGGCAUCAACUCUUACCUUAGCUGAGGAUAGCCUGAUUAUCACAGGCACCUUUUUUGGGACAGAGGAAGAAUAUAAAACUCUGGAUAUUGGUAGCCAGUUCCCUGGUGCUAAUGGCAGUGCGGUUGUUUUCGAAGAUUGGCUCGGUCUAGUGGCUGACUGGGCUGAAGAAGCGUUUUUGGAGCUGGGAGGUGGAGUGCCGGCUCAUUUCUAUUCCAAGUCUAAUUCCUGGACGGCUAAGAAUCUGAUGAGCGAGGCUACUAUUGAUAAGCUUUUUGAAUAUAUUGACUCAACUGACCAGGGGACAUUGAUAUGGUUCUUGCUUUUCGACUUCCAAGGUGGAUAUACCAACACUAUUGCAUCUGAUGCUACUUCGUACGCGCACCGUGAUGUUCUCAUUUGGUUGCAGCUGUACACGAUCAAUUUGCUUGGUCCUGUUUCUGAAACUGAGAUUGAUUUCCUGGAAGGUGUCAAUAAGAUCGUCACGAACUAUGAAGUGCCAUAUGCAGCUUAUCCUGGCUAUGUGGACCCGCGCAUGUCUAAUAGUGCUGAGGCAUACUGGGGCUCUAAUUUGCCGCGACUCCGGCAGAUUAAAGAGGAAAUUGACCCAGAUAAUGUUUUCCGCAAUCCACAAAGCCCCACGCCUGCCGAGUAA